GGCGCCGCCAUGUUUCACUGUUAUUUGCAAUAGAAGAACCUACGAAAUGUCGUACUUACUCACGGAAAUUGCUCUGGAGAUGCUUGGCUACAAGUUCUACGACACCAAUGGCACAUUUCACCUGACCAACUUCCAGAACACCUCGACCCACAGCGAAUCGCACCCCGACGAGCCUUCGCUGGCCGAAUUUAUUGAGCAGAGGACAGUGCAAAACGAAGCGGAUCCAGUCGCCGCCCCCAGUCAAGCCCCCAUCCCCGACUCACGCCAUCCGCGACGCACGCCCGCCAAGGCCCUGGCCAAAAUAAUGGACUAUGAGAGCGAGAAGAUCGUCAACCAGAUCAGCGCUCGCCUGGAGCGGUCAGUGUGGCGGCGGGCGGCGGACAGCGAGGAGCUAUUGGGUGAGGUGAUGGACGAGGAAAGACGGCUGAUCAGAGCGGACGCUGGUGAGAUCCGUAAGUUCCGCGAAUUCCUGCAGUCGCGCCUGCAGCGACUGGACAAGCGGCCAUUCGAGAAGUAUGAAAGAACCUUCGGCGCGGAGUAGUAGUAUAAUGCUAGUAUAUAGGAUGAGUGCGAAAUAAAUUAAGAUCUAGUCGUUAAAUUGUUCAUAAACAUUAAUAAAAGAGUAAUAGUCAAUAGCC